AUGGUUGAGUUCAAGCAUGAAUGGCCACUCGUCUCGACAUUAUUAGAGAGGUGGAGGCCUGAGUCCCACACCUUUCAUCUAGCAUGUGGGAAGAUGACCAUCACGCUGCAUGAUGUGGCGUAUCAGCUGAGACUCAGGAUCGAUGGUGAUCCUAUGAGCGGAUGCAUAGAGGACAAACAGUCACAGACGAAGUGGACUGUCAAGCUGACUUGGUUCCUGAACACUGUCUGCGGAGAGUUGGAGAAAGACACCACUGAGGAGAAAGACGCCACUGUCAAGCUACAUUAUGAAGCUGAUAGAGGGUGGCUCCCCUUGCUGGAGGACCUCGAUGCAUGUGGGAGGUUGUCGUGGGGAUCGGUUGUAUUGGCUUGGAUGUACCGCCAGAUAUGCCGCGCCAUGGAGCAUGGUGUGCGCAACCUGGGUGGUUGCGUUAGUCUGCUAUUGUCAUGUGACUACCACCAUAUUUCCCUGCUACGUCCGGAUGGAUUUGAUACCCAUCGGUUUCCACUUGUUGAGAGGUGGGUUCAGCACAGACCGGACAAUGACAGAGGUGAGGGGCGCCUUAGGCAUUACAGGCGUGUCCUGAACGGCAUUGGCAUGCUUGCCGUUGAGUGGACACCAUACGCAGACCCACAGUUGGAGGCUCUAGUUUCACAUGCGAUUGCUGAGGCUGUCUACAUGGCGGCUGUUGUCUGCCCGCUGCUCUGCUUUGCCAUUGUUGAGUGGCAUCAGGUGGACCGAGUCAUGCGGCAGUUUGGUGGCCUACAGCACAUCCCGACCAAGCCAUUAGACAUCGACAGCAUGCACGGUAUGAUGGUCGAUUUGGAAGCGGCACACACGGAGUUAUUUGGUCAGGGUGACCAACACCUAGUGCCGGUGGGGGUAGUGCCAGAAGACCUACCUUUAUACCAUCCACCUGCUCCAGAGUUACAUCAGCCUGAGGAUGGUCACCUCCCUGAGCUGCGACUUCUUGUUGGGAGAGGGAGAGGUAGGGGACGGGGGAGAGCAAGAGGCAGAGGUAGACGUGGUGGAGGUGAAGGGAGGGAGCAGGGAGAUGAGCUUCACUGGGACAGGGACCCAGUCAACCCCCAGGUAGUGGGCCAGAGGGAGUUGGUGGGCAUACCUGUCCCUCCAACCCCCUGGGUCAUAUCACUCUAA